AUGGUUCAGACUGCGGUACUCAUAAUUUUCUCUUUCGGGCUGCUCUACGUGGUGCAGCUGUACCUGGCCUUCCGGAGGGGAACCACCCAGGGUACUGCACCUUCUUUAGUGGUGCAUUCCCCGAGGGGAACUAUCUUCCUCGCAUACCUGGGAUCUCCCCAGGCAGACCUCAUCUAUUCAAGAGGAAAUACGAGGAUCACAGAUCUUCCGGCUGGGAUGUAUAUUCCACAGUACGUUUCUCCGCCCUAUGCAAGGAAACCCGCAAUCCUAAUUCAAUUCACUGAGCAAGCAACGAUCAAGGAAGUCGUCUCCUACCGCGCCCGCUUCCCCAAACCGGUCAAGCAAUACGGCGCUCUGAGCUUCUUCGGUAAGAACAUAGUCGCGUCCGAGGGCGACGAGUGGAAACGGUACAGGAAAGUCACCGCGCCUUCGUUCUCUGAAAGGAACAACCAACUCGUAUGGAACGAGACGUGCCGCAUUAUGAUGGAUAUGUUCGACAACGUUUGGCAAUGGAAGGACGAGAUCGUCCUCGACAAUUGCAUUGACAUUACCCUCCCUAUCGCCCUAUUCGUUAUCGGUGUUGCAGGCUUCGGGCGCAGAAUAUCAUGGACCGACGACCAAAAGGUCCCACCAGGACACCGCAUAGCAUUCAAAGAUGCACUGCAUAUUGUCUCUACGGAGAUCUUCGUCAAGCUGGCAGUGCCAAAGUGGGCCAUGGGCCUCACACAGCGGUUCAGGAACGUCCAGACCGCCUUCGACGAGCUGCGAGUGUAUAUGCUCGAGAUGAUCGAGGCCAGGAAGAACUCAGAAAAGAAGGAAGAGCGGUAUGAUUUGUUCAGCAGUUUGCUGGACGCAAAUGAGGAAGAAUCGGACGGUGAGGCAAAGCUUAGCGACGACGAGCUCCUCGGCAACAUUUACAUAUUCCUUGUGGCUGGCCACGAGACGACAGCCCAUACACUUUGUUACGCGUUCGGCCUCCUCGCUUUGUACCAAGACGAGCAAGAGACACUGUACCAGCACAUCAAGAGCAUCAUACCCGACGGCAGGACGCCUACGUACGAAGAAAUGAACCUUUUCACACGGUCAAUGGCCGUCCUUUACGAAACCCUCCGUCUCUACCCCCCAGCGAUCAGCAUCCCAAAAGUAGCGGCGGAAGACACGAGGCUCACCGUGUCCAACUCCGCAGGUGAGAAGAAGGUUGUUCCGGUCCCGCGCGGAUGCGACAUCGUCAUCAGCACCCCUGCGCUACACUACAACCCGCGGUACUGGGAAGACCCUUACGUGUUCAGGCCAGAGCGCUUCCUCGAGAAAGACUGGCCGCGCGACGCGUUCCUGCCAUUCAGUGCAGGCGCUCGCGCGUGCAUCGGCCGCCGCUUCUUCGAGAUAGAGGGGAUCGCGAUCCUGACCAUGCUCGUGUCCAAGUACAAAAUCGAGGUCAAGGAGGAGCCGCAGUUCGCCAUGGAGAACCUUAAGCAGCGGAGAGAGCGGUUGCUGGCUAAUAUGCCUGGGAUAACGCUGACGCCUGUUCGUGUCCCUCUGGUCUUCAAGAAGCGGGCAUGA